AUGCUUUAUGCAGGAAAGCAGUUCGAUUUCAAAGUUAAUAUUGGAACGAAUAAUGAUAUUGAUGACCUUAAAGGAGCUAUUAAAUGUAAAAACCAAAUGACACUGCUGGGGUUGUUACUGACAAACUUAGGGAUGUUAACGGACGGUCGUGAUCGGUCAACGGUCGGUCAAAGGCCUUUGACUGACCGACCUGUUAACUGA